AAGUUAUUAGUUGCUAGCCAAUCUAUCUAGAAGCCUGGCUUUUUUAAUUCGGGUUACGACGGUCUUGUUUAUCUGUGUUGUAAACGUUGAUUCCUCACGCUUUGAUUUGUGUAGCUAAUAUUGCACCUAGUUAGCUAUGUUAGCUAACUUGGCUAAAUUAGGUCAUAGAAUGUGCGCCAACCAGUCGGUAAGUUAUUAACUAACGUUAGCUAGUAAAACUCAGAAUGACACUGGCUGUAAAGUCAGGUGCAGAAGACAGUGUUACAAAAUGUCUCUUAUUCCUUGAUCAUGACUCUGUUCCAAUACAUUACACAUAAGUCAUUGGACGAAGGCGUUUUCUACAAGGGGGAGUUUUAAGAUCCCAACGCUCAGUUUGAACAUUAACACGCGUCGCUGUUUUGGAAGAAUAAGGAACUUAUCUUUUAUAUCAGCGAGACAAAUGUUUGUCAAAAUGUGAUUGAUACGGGCCCUGUUAUGGUUAGUGUUCCCCACACGGCCAUUUCUCCAUGUUKCAGCGCUUGUUUACGGAAGACGAGGCAACAAUGUGCUAACUAGCCAUAUACCAUGCUCCAACACCUGUGUGGAAGUGUAACUCUGGAAGUGUAGUUUAGUCGGGUAGAGGCACCCAUAGCUGUAAAGAGCUGUUCAAAACGGCUACAGCAGGUUUUCAAAACCGCUGCAGGAACCCCUGUUUAUACUUCUAUUGGUCCAUUUUUAAGCUACACAUUUUUAAGCUAUGACUCCGGUAGGCAGAGGCUCUCCAGUACACUAGGUGWCGGUAAUACACCAUAACGUUGGAUGCCGACCGCCGAUAAAUCCCACAGAAGAAGGAAGCGAGGGGGACAACGGAGCCCAGUGAUAAAUGAACCAUGGCUGAGCCAAUGGAGAAUGGCUUGUUUGACAUUCCUGACUAUGACAACAUAGAUGACGAGACCUUUCCUCCUCUGCCCCCUCCCUUCUCACCAGGAGAGGGAGGAGAUCCUUUUACAGGGGAGGAGGACGGAGAGAUCUCCAAGCUGGCCGAAGUCCCUGCUGCCAAGAGGAGAGGCGUCAAGAGACCACAGCCUAAACUGGACUCUCAGAGGCUGACAUCAGAAAGAGGACUUCCGGCUCUUCGCACCCUGUUUGACAACGUUCAUUUCAAAGGCAAAGGACAUGAG